AUGUCCAGGAAACAUCUCAAGACAGCAGCAAAAUCGUCCUUCUGGAAGGGCGACCUCGACGUCGUCGACCAGAUCGUCGUCGUCGCUCAACCCGACCCACUGCCUCAUGACAAACAUCCUCGCAACUGGUCCAGGCCGAGAAAGCUGUUUAUAGCUUUUUUGACGUGUAAUCUUCUCGUUGCAGCUGGCGUGCAGCGGCAGAUCCAAAAUGAACUCGCAUCGUCGCGUUUCCUGGCAACUCUUGGGAUGGGCCUAGUCAAUCUGGGAAUCGCCAUUGGCUCACUCAUAGGCGCACCCCUCAGUAGCCUCAUAGGACGACGGUUGACCUACAUCCUCUCAGCGGUGUGUUUCACAGCGUUCACCGCGGGAUCAAGCUUCUCUUCCUCCAUUACGACACUUUUAGUCUUCCGUUUCAUUGCCGCCUUCUUUGGCGCGACCGCCUUUCCCAACUAUGUCCUCACAUUGGCCGACCUGUUCACCCCUGAGGACAAGACCCCUAUCUUGGCGAUUGCUUUGACUGUGACCUGCAGUACACCAACAUUUGGGCCUAUACCCGGCAGCUACCUGGGAUCCCUUGCGCCUUGGCCCUGGACCUUUGCCUUGUCGGCUUUCUGGGCUGGAAUACUUGCUGUCAUCCUUCUCUUCAUCCCAGAGACUGACUUGAAUGUCAUCCGACGUUAUCACCGCAAAUUAAAGGAGGGCAAGUCGACCUGGGAGGUACUAAGACCGCAACUGGUCACCAAGAACACCUGGCAAAAGUUACUGACACCUCUGACAUUACUCAUCCUGGAGCCAAUUAUCCUCUGGACAGCCUUAUACCACGCCUUCAUUUACGGUUUGUUCUUUAUUCUGCUACAGGCGAUCCCGUUCAUCUACCAGCGCAACUAUCAAUUUACACCCGGAAACAUUGGCCUCGUCUUCCUCGCUCCAUGGAUAGGCAAUUUGAUAGGGGCAAUCCUCUACUUUGGCCUUCUCCAACCUUACCAUGCCCAUCAGACCCGACGUCUUCAAUCUCGAAACACCAAGAGCCUCUCCCAGGACCCACUUGCCUACGUCCAAGUGGCGCUUAAGCCCGAAGCUCGAUUACCAGGACUUCUCGGGGGAGUGGCUUUCCUCUCCUCUGGUCUUCUAUGGUUUGCUUUGACAUCUGACCGACCUCAACUCCAUUUCAUGGUUCCAAUCUCCUCCGGAUUGUUCAUGGGAAUAGGCAUGCCGCUCUACAUUCUUUCUCUCUUUGCAUACCAAACCGAACUCUACCCCUCUCUCGCCAACUCUGUCUUGAUAACCAAUCUCUUCAUCCGCGCGUUCUUUGCGGCGUUUUGCCCUUCUUUUGGCCUGCAUAUCUAUGAAGAGUUGGGGGCUCAGAAGGGUGGCUUGGUUCUUUUCGGUGUGAGUUUGUUAGGGUUGCCGAUGGGUGCUGUGCUCUGGAUGUGUGGAGGGAGGGUGAGGAAGAUGAGCAAGAGGGCAGCUCAAGACGAAGCGUUUGUCAUGCGCGACGUUGAGUUGGAUUUCAACUUUGGAGGGUGUAGUCGGAGUAUGAGUUGUACGAAACCACGUCAAUCCAACUUGAACGCUUCGUCGCUCAUUGAUGAUUUCGAGUCGUUGGAAAGGCUCCAGAGUAAACCGAAUCGGUCUUACAUUCCUAGUAAAACGCCUCUAUACGAACUAGACGACGACGAAGACGAGGACUUUAGGGAUUCUAGCGUUCGGUAUAGCCGAAGACUACCUCCACACACACCGACUACGCUUCCGGAACUACGCCGCAGUUUAGAUGCAGGUACUAUUACUCCUGGCGGGGUAGUUACAAGGCACCACGAAGACGAAACGAACAAUAGCCUCGGGUUGAACGCUACGGCGACAGCGGUGAACUUGGACCUUGAAUUGGUGUCGGGCGCCACAGGAAGGACGUCUAGUUCGUUGGAAUUGGUCCAGGAAAUCCCUCGUACUAGUCGUACUCGUGAUGGUAUCACUGGCUCUUGA